AGAAAGUGGCAAGCACUGACGCCCUCUAUAACUCACCCUCCAAUUAUUUCGUACUUCCGGCUGGUUUCAUUCAACCCAUUGCGUACAGUAAUACUUCAACAAGGUCAAUGAAUUUUGCCAGAAUCGGCAUGAUUAUCGCCCAUGAAAUAAUGCAUGCCUUUGACUCAACAACCAUACUGACUCAGAAUGACAAGAGCUCAGGUGAAGCGAUGGAACUGGAUGUUAAAAAGUAUACUUCCAGGAGAGACUGUUUUAUAGAACAGUACAGUGGAUUCAUGUGGAAAGGCUAUGAAAUAUCUACAACUAAAACACUUCGAGAGAACAUUUGUGACAGUCUUGGACUCCAGCUGAGUUAUCAGGCGUAUCUAACUGACCGCGAGAACCACAAGAACAAAGAACUCGCGUUACCUGGACUACAGUUGAACCACAAACAAAUUUUCUUCCUUGGUUUUGCUCAGAUGUGGUGUGAAAAAAUUGCUGAUGGAGCAGCUAAAGAAAGAAUCGCCAAGGACGCACAUUCUCCAAAUAUGUUCAGAGUUAUUGGUGCCGUACAGAACUCUCCUGAGUUUGCAGAUGUGUUUCACUGUCCACUCGGGAGUCCAAUGAACCCAUAUACGAAAUGUAAAAUUUUCUAGAGUUCAUAGUAGAAGCAGAAUCCAGACUAGAGAUCUAAAUAUAAUCAUGUUGAUUUUUUUUAUCAUUUCACUGUUAAUAUUUUAAUGAAAUGUAUUCCUUCAAUGGAACCCCAAAUAUUAAACUUAUGAAAACAAAAAUAAAAAAUUCUU